GGCGGGGCUGACGGCGACGUCGCACCGGGUCGCACCGGUGACGUCGUCGGUUAGCUGUGGGUAGCGCGGGCGAGGCGACGCCAAGUCGACCGUGCACGCACUCCGAUGGACACGAAAGACGAGCAUGGAGGUGUUGGGCCAGGUGGAUUUGGCAAAGACUGGCUCACCAUCGCCACCGGCGGUCGCGAGAGGAAUGCUGGUACAUUGCCACAUGCGGUGGCCCUGACGGUCGCGCUCGCUGAUGGCAAAGAUGAUAUGGAGCUCGCCGUCUUGGGAGAUGACGUCGCCGGACGAGAGCAUGGAGACACGAUCAAGGUAUGCGUUGCCGAGCUCGGCCACCUCGGGCUGCAGUUGUUCAAAGCCCGACGCGUCCAGGAUCUUGAGAUGCGGCAGCGCGGCGAUGACCUCCGGCACGGUGUUCCCCGAGUGGAGGGAGCAGUGACUUGUGUCAAGCUCCUCGAGUAGGGGCGCUUGGGUCGGAAGCGCGGUGAGCGCGAUGGCAUCGAUUUGUGUAUGCGCCAGCUUCAGGCACUUGAGAUGCUUGCGGAAGAGACGGCAGGUGAGAAUCUCGGUAAAGAAGAUAAAGUCG